AUGGCACCUCCAGCAAAGGAGAUCCUCUCCUGGCAAGACCUCGUUCGGAGCGGCCGCCUCUCGCGAGCCCAAGACAGGGAGGAUCCUGCCGCGCCUCACCUGCGAAAGGUGCGUGUCAAGCAUCUAGUCGCGCAGCAAGCAGCCUACACGCUCCGCAUCCGCAUGCCGUGCACUCGCACGGGCGGCUGCAACGGCUGCAUCAUCGCGCAAGAUAUGUCGGCAGAUCGCGGCUCCACCCGGACCGGCCUCGUGCUGGUCUGGAAUGAGAGGCGGCACAAGUGCGCUCUCCGACUCGAGCAGCUCGAGGCGCCUUCCCCUUCUGCCGGCAUCGCCGCCACACAGGCGAUCGACCCGCCAAACACUGUCACGCCGGGAGGGCCGCCUUUACCACAGACGGCGACAGCCACGCAGGCAGCUGAGGUGGACACCGGGGCAGUCGCAGAAAGAGCAAAGGCAGAGGAGCCCGCACUGGCACCUCCGGUGGCAGAAAAGCAGGGCUUGCGCUUGCACCUCUCCAGCAACAGCAGCACCGGCUACAUGGGCGUGUGCGAGCACCCCUCCUCUGGCCGCUUCCAGGCGCAGCACAGGCUGGACGGCAAGCAGGUCCACCUCGGCCUCUUCGAUACGGCGCUGGAGGCGGCGGUGGCGUAUGCGCGGUCGGUCGGCGAGUACCAGCCUCCGACAGUAGCCGCGGAGGCUGAGGGCUUGCGCUUGCACCUGUCCAGCAACAGCACCGGCUACAAGGGCGUGCUCAAGAGUCUCUCUGGCCGCUUCUGUGCGAGGCAAACGGUGGACGGACGGGAUGUCUGUCUCGGCACCUUUGACACGGCGGUGGAGGCGGCGGUGGCGUACGCGCGGGCCGCCGGCGAGUACCAGCCUCCGACAGUGGCGACAGAGGCGGAGGGCUUGCGCUUGCACCUCUCGAGCAGCAACAUUACCGGCUACAAGGGCGUGUACGAGCUCGCCUCUGGCCGCUUCGAGGCGAAGCACAUGGUGGACGGCAGGCACGUCCACCUUGGAACCUUCGACACGGCGGUAGAGGCGGCGGUGGCCCAUGCGCGGUCGGUCGGUGAGUACCAGCCUCUGGCUCAACCUUCGUCGGCGGAGGGCGUGGCGCCGCGGCACGGCUUGCGCUUGCACCUCUCCAGCAACAGCACCGGGUACAAGAAUGUGGUCAAGGAGUCCUCUGGCCGCUUCAAGCUGCAGCACAGGGUGGGCAGAAGGCAUGACUGCCUCGGAACCUUCGACACAGCGGUGGAGGCGGCGGUGGCGUACGCGCGGGCGGUCGGCGAGUACCAGCCUCCACCAGUGGCCACGGAGGCGGAGGGCUUGCGCUUGCACCUCUCGAGCAGCAACGCCACCGGCUGUAAGGUAACGUAA